GCACGCACGCUCAGGCGGAAGCGCUCGCCCGCGCGCGCCGCGGUAGCGGUAGCGGUUCCGGGUCGCGGCGGUGGCGGCACCACCACCACCACCACCACCACCACCACCACCACCACCACCACCACCAUGCGGUUCCGGUUCUGCGGGGACCUGGACUGCCCCGACUGGGUCCUGGCCGAGAUCAGCACCCUGGCCAAAAUCUCGUCGGUGAAGCUGAAGCUCAUCUGUGCCCAGGUGCUGAGGGACCUGCUGGGGGAGGCCAUCGACUAUGAAAAGAUCCUGAAGCUGACAUCGGACGCCAAGUUAGAGUCUGGGGAUGUGAAAGCCACCAUUGCCGUCCUCAGCUUCAUCCUCUCCAGCGCAGCCAAGCACAACGUGGACAGCGAGUCCCUGUCCAGCGAGCUGCAGCAGCUGGGGCUGCCCAAAGAACAUGCCACAGGGCUGUGCCGAUCCUACGAGGAGAAGCAGAGUCCUCUCCAGGACAGCCUCCGGGCUUGCAGCCUGAGAUUGAGCCAGCUGGCCUCGGUUUCCUGGAGGGUGGACUACACGCUCAGCUCCAGCGAGCUGCAGGAGGUCAACGAGCCCCUCGUGCACCUGAUGUUCAGUGUGCGGGACAGGGACAGCGGGGUGACGGAGACCGUCCCCAUGGCUGUGUCAGCAGACAAGUUCCGGGUCCUGCUGGCAGAGCUGAAGCAGGCCCAGGCCCUGAUGAAAACCCUCCUCUGAGGAGCAGGAAGGAGGAGCAAUCACAGGAGCUACCUGCCACUGGAUUUCAUGGCAGGACUCAGUGCACCACCUUGGCCCUGGGUACUGCCCGAGUGGAGAUGGGGAAGAUGACCCUCGUUCUCUCCUGCCUGCAGGCUGGUGCUGGGGGCUGUGUUCCCCACUGCUACUUCCCUCCGUCCUUCCUCAAAGCACUCUCUAGCUGCCCUCCCACCAUGCCCCAGCCCUGUUCCCAGGGCCAAGGCUGAAACCGCCUUCCCCUGAGCAGGACUGCCCUGCAGCAGCGGGGCUAAACGCACCAUCGGCAGUCGAUGCCCUGCAGACUGCAGAUGCUCCUUGCCUAGCCUGCCUUGCUGCAGGCCGCUCUGUUCCCAGAGAGCCUGCAGAAACCGACGUGCCCCUCCGCUCUUUGCUGUAAAAGCAUCUCUGCGCCCCUCUGUCUCUGGUUGGGCAUGUGGGGGGAUCCUGUCCUGCCAGUGCUGCAGUGAGCAGCCCUGGGCUCUGAUGGCCUCAUGCCCUCUUGGGCACUGCAUGAUGUGUCCUGGGAGCUGUUGUGUCUGUGGGUUGCUCCCCCGUCCUUCUCUGAGGUCCCUUGGCGGGAUCCCUUCUCUCCUUGGCCUGCUGCCUGCCUACGGGAUCCCACUGCGGCAAGGAUCUCUCCUUCCCUGCCACGUUGGCCCUCAGAUCCCGGACGUGGGGACCUGCUUUUGGCGAGACUUCUCUCGUGUAAGAGAGCUCCAAUAAAGGCGGUGGGGAGAGCGA